AUGGCAUUCACUAAUUUAUUUCGACGUCAUUCAUGUUUAGUUGAAACACCAGCAGCUAACUACGCUUGUAUGGAUGAAAACUCGACUGCUGAAACAUUACUCGAUGAACUCGAAACCGAAUGCCGAAAUUGCUCAAUUUCCUUAGCAUCAAAAACCAAACGAAAUUCCGAAGUAUUGGAACUUUCAGGUGGCUAUCUUGCAUCAACAUAUGCAUCGUCGUCAUCGGCGCGACGAUCAUCAGUUGAUUAUUCAUGGUUAAGUCCACAAAAUAAUGUUUUACAAAUACAAACUGAACCGUAUCAUUUACCGGAUAUACUAAAAAUGGAAUUAGGCGAACUUAUUCGUAAUGUCCAACCAGAAGAUUGUACAUUUGUCGUUAAUCAAUUUCGUCGACAAGUACGUUCACUAACAAAACAUCAAACACCUGAAAGUAUUAUUGCUUUAUUUCGUAAAACAUUAGCUGAUUAUAUUGAUCAAAAACAGAAGCACCGGUCAAGUUCAAAUGAAAUAUCGAAAAUUAACGAAGGAAACAAUUUACCAUCGUUAGCACAUACGUCAUCAAUACGAAAUAAUCGUGUUCUACCGAAAAAAACAUCCGAAGAUGAACAACAUUCGAUUGCUGAGCUGACUGAGAUUUCUUUAACAUCAUCGCAUAACGAUUCAAAUGUUACAAAACCGCGCUCGCGCACUUACACUUGA